UGGAUGUAAUAGUACUCAUCUUCUUCAUUCAAAAGUGUUCCCUUUAUCAAGAUGAAAAUAAUUGUAAUAGCGAUAGUUGUGGGAUUGGCAGCAGCGCAAGAUUCAAAUUACAAUGCUCGUAACAAUUACCACGAGGAUAGAUCGAAUCCUCCGACUGACGAAAGGAGGGGUCCAUUGACGACCACGCCUAUUCCAAUUUUACAUUGGAAUAAACAGCAAGAGCACGAUGGAACUUAUAAAGCUAGCUAUGAAACGGGAAACAAUAUUAUCGCUGAGGAGAGCGGUUACAUUAAGAAAGUAGGCGAAGGCGAGGAACAAGGAGAAGCGUUGGUCCAACAAGGAAGCUUCUCAUACACGAGUCCCGAAGGGAAGCUGAUCACCAUCCAUUAUACGGCCGACGAGACUGGCUUUCACGCGACCGGAGAUCACAUUCCCACGCCACCGCCAGUCAGCGAAGAGAUUCAGAAAGGCCUCGACCUCAUCUUUGCAGGCAUUCGUCAGCAAGAGGAAGCAGAUGCGCGUGAAGCAGCUCAAAAGGGACAACAGCAACCCUUGAAUCAGCAAAUCGAGCGGCGAGAUAAUUAUGAUAGAAAAUUUCGAAAAUGAAGUAAAUAAAAGAUAAACAUUGUUGAGAUACGUUCUACAUGUAGUAUAAAAACAAACGAUUAAGUCCUUAAAUUAAGACUAUUUUAAUAAAAUAAAUUUAAUAAUAUGUAAA